AUGGCUACUCUGCUAUGGGGUUACCUUCGUAUACCCUUCAUAUUCGCUUCUGGCUUGGGCAUGGUACUUAGUAGCGGCCUUUUCUACUACCAGAAGUAUGUCUUCUGUUUUCGUUUGACUUCUGCUUCUGACUCGACCNNGAGUGAACUCAUCUAUCCUCGGAACAUCCCCGCGAAUGCUCGUACCGACGUCCCAAGGCCAUCGCAGCUAGGUCUUGAUGCCGAAGAACUCACUCUACCUACACCAGAUGGUGAGACUCUAAGUGCCUUUCUCGUCAAGCCAGGGAACGCCAGUAAGGCAAAGAAUGUGACUCUCCUGAUGUUUCAUGGAAAUGCAGGAAAUAUUGGCCACCGACUUCCCAUCGCUAAGAUCUUGGCGAAUGAAAUGUAUUGUAAUGUCUUGAUGCUUCAGUAUCGAGGCUACGGCCUGUCCACCGGCAACCCGAACGAAAAGGGCAUCGCGAUCGACUCGCAGACUGGACUUGACUACAUCCGAAGUCGAGAUGAUCUCAAGAGGACCAAGAUCAUCAUUUACGGCCAAAGCCUGGGAGGUGCUGUCAGCAUUGGGCUUGCUGUCAAAAACAAGGACCAGGGUGAUAUCGCUGGCCUGAUUCUCGAGAACACCUUUUUGAGCAUCAAGAAAAUGAUUCCAAGGUAA